CCGGCGAGGCCCGAUUGGCCAGGCAGGAGAACUGUCGUCGCUUCCGGAGACGCGUCGCGUGUGGAGGCGCAGGUAUCCCGUCGUCCCUCGCGGCGGCUCUUUCUUUUUCCGGUCUGCCAUCUUCUCUCCCGGGAGGGAUCUAAGCAGCCAUGGCGCCCAGCCGGAAUGGCAUGAUUUUGAAGCCCCACUUCCACAAAGACUGGCAGAGACGAGUGGCCACAUGGUUUAACCAGCCUGCCAGGAAGAUCCGAAGGAGGAAGACCCGCCAGGCAAAGGCUCGCCGUAUUGCUCCACGUCCGGUCACUGGACCCAUCCGACCGAUUGUGAGGUGCCCCACCGUGCGAUACCACACAAAAGUCCGCGCGGGUCGAGGGUUCAGCCUGGAGGAGCUGAGAAUGGCUGGCAUCAACAAGAAGUUUGCCCGGACAAUUGGGAUCUCAGUGGACCCCAGGCGCCGUAACCGGUCCACGGAAGCUUUGCAGGCCAACGUGCAGCGGCUGAAGGAAUAUCGCUCCAAGCUCAUCCUCUUUCCCCGGAAGCCGUCUGCCCCCAAGAAGGGUGACAGUUCGGCAGAAGAGCUCAAGAUGGCCACGCAGCUCUCUGGACCAGUUAUGCCCAUCAAGAAUGUCUACAAGAAAGAGAAGGCCCGAGUUAUCUCCGAGGAUGAGAAGAACUUCAAGGCCUUUGCCAGCCUGCGCAUGGCCCGGGCUAAUGCCCGACUCUUUGGCAUCCGGGCCAAACGAGCCAAGGAGGCAGCAGAGCAGGAUGUGGAGAAGAAGAAAUAAACUGUUUGCACAGGAGGGCCUUUCAAUAAAAGCGGAUAGAAUAA